AGAAAAAGACAAGAGCCACACAAUCUUAAACAUUUUGAUACUACUGUAACCACUAGUGCUGAACAAAAUAUUAAUGACACCAUUGAAACCAUUGAAGAUUAUUUUAAAAAAAAUGCUUUCUUUCCUGUAUUUGAUGCUAUCUUGAUAAAUCUGGAAAAAAGAUUUUCUACUGAAAGCCUUCAAAUGGCUACAGCUGUUGAUCAAUUUUUUCAAUUAAACUUUGAGGAAAGUCUUUUCUUUGUAGAUCAUUAUAAAGAUUUGAUGAAUGUAUCUAAAAAUGUAUUACAGUCAGAAAUAGAAGUGGCAAAGAAUUGUAUAUUGCAGUCUACUGAUGAAAAUUAUAUAACUUUAAAUGAUGUGAAAAAGGUUUUAACAAAACAGACUUUCCCUAAUUUAUAUAAACUAUUUCAAGUUGCUUUAACAAUUCCUAUAAGUUCCUCCACUUGUGAAAGGAGUUUUUCAGCCAUGCGUAGAAUAAAAACUUGGCUUCGAGCUUCUAUGCUGCAGGAAAGGUUCAACAACACCUCAAUAUUAUAUAUUGAAAAAGAAAUUUCUAAAUCUAUUAAUACUGAAACAAUUGUUAAUAUAUUUGCACAAAAAAAUAGAUAUAUACAAUUAAAAUAA